AUGCCAUCUCCCGUUGAUUCCUCUCUACUAUGCGGAAACUGCCCGAACGCCGGAACUCACCGGUGUUCCCGCUGCCACAAUGCCCGCUACUGUUCCGCCACCUGCCAGAGGGCCGACUGGCCGCUCCACGCAAAAAUCUGCAUCAGCUUCGCCUCGCUCCCAGCCCGCCCCGGCCCAAACUUCAAGCGUGCCCUACUCUUCCGUGCCAACUCCCCACGCCCGCGCUUCAUCUGGCUCGAACACAGAGGAAGCAACUACAACCCUAAGCUCGAAGACUGGAUCCCCUGUGGUACUGGUUGUAUCGACAUUAAUUGCUAUCGACGUCUCAACCGACGUCUUUCUAACAUGAUUAAUCUCACGUUCGACGAAAAUUUCCUCGGAACCUAUACCACCCCAAACUGGUCCAUUGCGGGGAUUGUCGGACCGCAAUAUGCAGGUAGGUGGCGGGGCGACUUCAUCGCGCAGGGAUUUGAGGGACGAUGGCAGACUGAGCAUAUUGUGGCGCGGGACUUGGAUACUAUGGCUUUAGGUCCAAUUGAGGAUUGCUUGCGGUUCCGGAGCCAGAAUAGUAUGGUGGAGUACUGUCUGCCCGACGACGUUGAGGGCGAGGAUAUGACUUGA